AUGGGGCAAAACGCCGCAUGGGGUAAAAAGCCUAAUCCAGACACUCACAGUGUCAUUGACUUAUUAGUGCAUUUCACAUCGAUCAAGCAAGCAUUUUUAUUAGAAUGUUGCAUUAGCCAGGAAGGCAACAACGUGACCGCUGACGUCCACUGCAGUGACGGAUGUGACGUUCGUGUGAUGCAACAACAUGGCUGCCUCGACGGAAACAGGUUGCUCACGUUUGACCGGCGUGUUGAUGCCAUGGUGGCCGCAGUAGUCAUCGGCUAUCGCAAAGGACUGCAAGCAUCAGUUGAAUUGAUAUGA